UUAGCACAUCAUCCAAUAAGAGUCGUCCUGCAACCAGACGUUUGGUUUUUAGCCAAUAAAAUACAAGAAAGCUGAGCGAUUAUAGGAGGACUCGCAACAUUUAUUCUGUCCGGCAGUCUAAUGAAAGCUGAUACUUUUGAGCAACCUCACUGUUAUUUUUACGGUGAUAAAACUUCUGUCGGUCCCGUUUUUUGUCUCCGGUUGUGGCGUGCUCCUUGUUGACGUUCAUGACGGUUGCUGACGGUGUUUCCUUAGCGCUCGUCAUGCCUGUCCGAGCAGAGUGCCACUGUCUAGCCGGCGCGGCCUGUCCAUCCUCGGCCUGUCUUGUUCCCCCUGCGCCUAUCAACACCCAGCAGCCCGGGGUGGCCACCUCUCUGCUCUACAGCGGCGCUCAGUAUCGGGGUUAUCAGAGGAGCAAAGGGAACUCGUAUGAUGUCGAAGUUGUUCUGCAGCAUGUGACGAUGGACGACUCAUAUUUGUGUGGAUACCUGAAGAUCAAAGGCCUGACUGAGGAGUUCCCCACUCUCACAACAUUCUUUGUUGGUGAAAUAAUCAGCCGCAGGCGGCCAUUUUUAACCCGGAAGUGGGAUGCAGACGAGGAUGUGGACAGAAAGCACUGGGGGAAGUUUCAGGCUUUUUACAAGCAUGGCAAAACCUUUAACUCGGACAACUUCGACUACAAGGCGUUGGAAAACAGUGAUUACAUCUUUAUGAGGUGGAAGUUUCUUGUUCCAGACCACACGAUCAAAGACAUCAGCGGCGCCUCCUUCGCUGGCUUCUACUACAUCUGCUUCCAGAAGUCCACAGCCACCAUUGAGGGCUACUAUUACCACAGGAGCUCAGAGUGGUACCAAUCACUAAGUCUGAAUCAUGUUCAGGAGCAUAGUAUGCCUAUUUAUGAAUUUCGGUGAUAUGACGAAACUCUUUGUCAAGAGACGGCUAGUGCCGCCCUGGAGCUAACUGGAACAUGACGCCACAACACCGAUGGAUAACCAGUUUUCCUCUCUGGGAGGAAGCUAACAAGUGGCCAGGUGCUCGUUUCCUGAUUUGCAAAUAGGAAAGCACGGAUUGAAGAAGAGCUGGACAAAAGAUCGAUGAGGCACGAACAGUCCAGACUGAGCGGCUGACGAGAAAAAAAAAAAAAAGUCAAUUUGUUUCUUGUUUGGCUUUUUUUACUAUUGUUAUUAUUCUUUGCCAUCAAGUGUUUUUUUUUUUUUUGUUUGUUUUUUUUUGCGCUCUGUGUUAUUGAACAUCACGAUAGAUCACAAUAGAUUCUUGAUUAUGGAGACACGUUGCACUUUUAGUGGAGGUUUGCAAAGGAAAAGGCUAAUUUUGUUCAGCAAUGAAAAUCUUAUAUUUAACAGAAAAUAUGUUUAAUUACCCAUAGGGAUUUAUUUGGUGGUUAUAACAGAGAGGGUUUAUUUUAUGCAAGAUUUUGAUAAGAGAAUGUUUAGUUGAAGUGAAACAGCUGAACGGGUACCAGCUGGAUCAGAACGGGUCGGCGAUAAUCGUGGUUUCUUCCCACGGUUUUCUAUGCAAGCCAAAGAACUUGAGUGGAAAGGUUUUUCCCUUGCCUCUUAAAUGUUUUAAUUUAAUAUAAUUCAGACUGCUGCUUUAUUUUACACUACAAGGUGUUAAUGAUUUGUCAAGUAAAUGAAAUAUUUCUGAAAUCCCAGCGUUUUCUAGGUUUUGGAGGUAACGACAAGAAAACGUUUGGUGACUUCUGAGAGUUUUAGAGUUUAUUUAAAAAAAACAACAACAAAAAAACCGGUGAAAGUAGUAAGGAAGUGACAAG